UGUUUAUUUUUUGAUUUAAAACGAUUGAAUCCAUUUUGUGUCAAAUUUUUUAUUUCUAAACUUUUUUUAAAAUGGGUUGUGAUGGCGGAACCAUUCCACGUCGUGAUGAACUCGUUCGAACCAAAAAGAAAAAAGAAGCUAAAGAUAAAGAAGCUGAAAUAGCUGCUAAAUGGAAAUAUUGUGCUAUAUCAUCGAAAGAUUUGACCAAACCAAUUGUUUCUUGUGAACUUGGUCGACUUUAUAACAAAGAUGCAGUCAUCGAAUAUUUGUUGAAUAAAGAGGCACCAAACUCAUCCUUGUUAAGUCAUAUUCGUAAUCUUAAAGAUGUGGUUACAUUGAAAUUGACACCAAAAUCAAAUGAUGAAAAAGCUUCGACAGAAUCAAACGGAACCAAUGAUUAUAAAUUUGUUUGUCCAAUCGUUGGUUUGGAAAUGAAUGGCAAAUAUAAAUUCAUGUAUUUUCGAACCUGUGGCUGUGUCGUUUCAGAAAGAGCCAUUAAAGAAGUGAAAAGUCAAGUCUGUUUAUCAUGUAAUAAACCAUUCACUGAUGAUGAUUUAAUUGUUCUCAAUGGUGAUGAUGACGAAAUCGAUGAUCUUAAAAAUCGCAUGACAAUCAGACGCAAUAAGCUUAAAGAAGAAAAAAAACGAAAAAGAAUGAAAAAUGAAGAUUCAAUAAAUGGUAAAGCUAAAAUGGCUAAAUCGGAUGAACCUGUUGCUUCAACAUCAUCAUCAACACAAUCAGAUAACGUGGUGAAAACAUCUUCACUAUCAGUUCUUUCGGAAAAGGCAUCGAAAAAUUAUUCUGUUAAUAAAGAUCCAAAUGCUAGCGAGGCAUAUAAAUCACUAUUCACAUCUCAUGAAAGCGCCAAAAAUAGGCCGAAAGCACAUUGGGUUACAUUUAAUCCAUGUUACAACUAAAAAAGUAACAAAUAUUUUGUAUUUAGAGCAUUUUUUUCAAAAUUAAACAAUAACACAUGAAUAAAAAACAAUUAUCAAUUAUCAACUUCAA